AUGAGCAAGUCGGAGUUCCAGGUGAUCAUCGUAGGAGGGUCAAUCGGGGGCUUGACCCUGGCGCAUUGUUUGCAGCACGCCGGAAUUGAUCACAUUGUCCUCGAGAAAGCGAGUAACCCGGCUCCACAGAUCGGGGCGUCCAUUGGCAUCCUACCCAAUGGAGCUCGCGUGCUAGACCAACUCCAGCUAUACGAUCAAAUUGAAAGGUCUAUUGAGCCACUGGAAACAGCAAUCAUCGGUUACCCUGAUGGCUUCAGCUUUAGUAGCUCCUAUCCUAAGAUUAUCAAUAAACGGUUUGGUUUUCCCAUUGCAUUUCUCGACCGGCAAAGGCUGCUAGAGAUCCUCUAUCAAAACUAUCCGGAUGGUAGUAAGAUCCGUCUAGGGGAAAAAGUGACGGCUAUCCACCCUUCUAGUGGUCGUGUUACAGUGACCACAGCCAAAGGGUCUGUUUAUCAUGGCCAACUAGUUAUCGGCGCAGAUGGAGUUCAUAGUCAAGUCCGCGAGGCGAUAUGGAGGGCGGGAGAGAACAUGAGUUCCAGCUCGGCAAUCGCCAAGGAUAGAUUCAGUCUCACGGUGGAAUUCCGCUGUAUGUUCGGAAUCUCGUCUGCUAUAAAAGGAUUGAAUGUGGGAGAACAGGUAAAUAAGUUCUUGGAUGGUCUGACUAUUGUCACUAUUCAUGGAAAGAAAGGCCGUGUAUACUGGUUUGUGAUACAAAAGCUAAGCAGAAAAUAUAUUUAUCCCAACGGCCCUCGCUACACAGCAGACGAUAUCAAUGCUGCGGCAGAGGUGUUGAGAAACAUACAAGUUCACCAGGACAUCACCUUUGGACAGAUAUGGGAGAACCGGGAAACCGUUUCGAUGACUGCGCUGGAGGAAAAUACGCUCAAAACCUGGUACCAUGGCCGGUUGGUUCUCCUGGGCGAUAGCGUACACAAAAUGACCCCGAAUAUCGGCCAGGGCGCGAACAUGGCAAUUGAGGACGCCGCGGCUCUGGCAAACCUGCUGCGACGUCUGAGAAUCAGUCCGGGCACCAGGCUCCCAACGGACGGCCAAAUAGAGACGCUUUUGCGUCAAUAUCGCAGCAUUAGAUAUCACCGCGUCGACUCCAUCUACCGCAGCUCCCAAUUUCUAGUUCGCUUUCAGGCUCGAGAUGGCCUGCUGAACACUCUCUUUGGCCGCUAUUAUGCACCCUACGCCGGAGAUCUGCCGGCUGACAUGGCGUCCAAAACCAUUGCUGACGGGGUCAUUUGUGAUUUCCUACCGCCUCCAAAGCGCUGUGGGGGCGGGUGGGAACAAUAUCGAAGAAAGACCCCGCGUUGGGGAUGGGAGGUCCAAACUACACUGUCUAUUCUUGUACUUGCUAUCCUUUUCUCCAAACACCACUCAAUAAGACCUGCCCUUCGUCGCGUUCAGCCACGCUAG